AUGUUUAUAGUGCUACUAAUCCUGAAGAUCCUGCCAGCAUCAUGUCUCCCAGGGGCAGAAUACCAGAUCUUCCAAGGGUUCGACGUGCGUUCCUGGACAGACAGACAGGGCCACCCUCGCACCCCACGCACCACCACCAUCUCUCUAGAAGUAUAUGAGUUGGAGACCACUGAGACCCCUGAAGCCACGGAGAGACCCACUCAGAGAUCCAGCACUCAAAAAGAGAUUACUCAGUAUUUUUACGAUGUGACAGACAGGCCAGCGAAAUUUUCCCAAAGAAACUCGUGUCCCGAAGAAGAGAAGCCGAUAAACUUUGGAGCAUACGAGGUGCCCACACAACGUGACCUGGUCUUCUUCACGCAGAAGACUCUCCACAGGAUGUUCGCCAGCUACCACCAGAAAGCCAUGCUUUUCCUUGAGGACAUCAGAAAGGCAACCAGAGCCACAGAGCAGGUGGCCAGCAAGUGCCAGGGCAACAAGUCGACGUACCGGCAGUGCGUGCGGCACGUCAGCAACAAAUGCGAAACUAUCACCAAGAGCCUCACCUCAGCAUUGGAGCAGCAGCGCCAGGAUGUACUGGCUUUCACAGAUGAUACUAUUUGCAAUAUCGAAUCAAUGAAAGAAGAUCCUGUAAAACUUGUGAAAAUACUAGCUAGUGAGGAAGCCUCCUUGGAAUUCGCUCUACCAGGGUUCUUGAGACUUCUCGAUGCAUGUUCUGCCUAUUGUGUGAGGUUUCCAAUAAACGGCAACACAUUUAAAGCAAUGAAGCCGCAGCGACAUCUCACCGACGCCGAUAUCGUCAUAAGACAUUUCCUAACUCGCAAACACUACAAAAGACUCCUAGGACCAGAAAAGAAUAAAACCAAAAAAACUGUAAUAAUGCAGUUUCAAGUAUAUCAAUAA